CGCUCGGCUGUUUCCGUCCCAUCGGGCGGCGCCAUUUUGUUUAUGUGUGGAGUCGGCGGUUGAGGUGCAGGUUAGGAUCCCAUAAGGAGCGGACACCAAUCCGGCAAUGGACGGCAUUGUUGCUGAUGUUGCAGUGGGCGUCAAGAGAGGUUCUGACGAGCUGCUUUCAGGAAGUGUUCUUAAUGGUCCCAGUUCUAACAUGACCAGCCUAGUUGUGACAGCCAAUGGAAAUGAUAACAAAAAAUUUAAAGGAGAUGAUAAAAUGGAAAAUGCACCUUCCCGGGUGCUUCAUAUCCGAAAACUUCCCGGUGAAGUAACAGAGACUGAAGUCAUUGCUUUGGGGUUGCCUUUUGGGAAAGUAACAAAUAUCCUGAUGUUAAAAGGAAAAAAUCAGGCUUUUUUGGAAUUGGCAACAGAGGAAUCGGCUUCCACAAUGGUUAAUUAUUACGCUUCCAUGACGCCUCACCUACGUAACCAACCAAUCUAUAUUCAGUACUCUAACCAUAAAGAACUUAAGACAGACAGUGCACUGAACCAGCGCGCCCAAGCAGUGCUUCAGGCGGUAUCUGCCGUUCAGACUACCAAUUCCACUGUGGCUAACGCAGCAGGAACGGAGAAUGCCGUAUCUUCUGCUCACAGCCCAGUGCUCAGAAUCAUCAUUGACAACAUGUACUACCCUGUAACACUUGAUGUCCUGCACCAGAUCUUUUCCAAGUUUGGAACCGUGUUGAAGAUAAUCACAUUCACAAAAAACAAUCAGUUUCAAGCUUUGCUUCAAUAUGCAGACCCAGUGAAUGCACAACAGGCAAAGCUGGCAUUAGAUGGGCAAAAUAUAUACAAUGCUUGUUGUACCCUCCGGAUCGAUUUUUCCAAGCUGGUGAACCUAAAUGUGAAGUACAACAAUGACAAAAGUCGAGACUAUACACGACCAGACUUGCCGUCUGGGGAUGGGCAGCCUGCAUUAGAUCCAGCUAUAGCUGCGGCUUUUGCCAAGGAAACAUCCCUCCUAGCGGUUCCUGGUGCACUAAGCCCAUUAGGAAUGACCAAUGCAGCUGCUGCUGCAGCCGCCGCCGCCGCGGGCCGUGUUGGCAUGCAUGGUGUUACAACGGGUGGCAACACUGUUCUUCUUGUAAGCAAUCUGAAUGAAGAGAUGGUUUCGCCCCAAAGUCUGUUUACCCUCUUCGGUGUCUAUGGCGAUGUGCAGCGAGUGAAGAUUUUAUACAAUAAGAAAGACAGUGCUCUUAUACAGAUGGCUGAUGGCAACCAGUCACAGCUGGCUAUGAGUCACCUUAAUGGACAGAAGAUGUACGGAAAGAUUAUCAGGGUUACAUUGUCCAAGCAUCAGACAGUGCAGCUACCUCGAGAAGGGCUGGAUGAUCAAGGGCUAACAAAGGAUUUUGGCAACUCUCAGCUACAUCGUUUCAAAAAGCCCGGUUCUAAAAAUUUUCAGAAUAUCUUCCCACCUUCUGCAACUCUUCAUUUGUCGAACAUUCCGCAAACCAUUACUGAAGACGACUUGCGCACACUUUUUACAAACACAGGGGGAACUGUUAAAGCUUUCAAAUUUUUUCAGGACCAUAAAAUGGCCCUCCUUCAGAUGUCCACUGUGGAAGAAGCUAUACAGGCACUGAUUGACCUCCACAAUUACAACAUUGGUGAUAAUCACCAUCUGAGAGUUUCAUUCUCCAAAUCAACUAUUUAAAAGACCAGAGAGGAGGAUGAAAAAUAAAAAAAAGCGUCUGGUGUUGUUGCAUUGUUCAGUGUGUUGUCACCAAUAGACUGUUCAGAAAAGUGGGGACCAGACUCUAUUUUGUUCUUCACUCUGUUAUCAUUCCUUGGUUCUUUAUAUAAAUGAUUGAUUUAAACCGCAGUUAACAUUUAGCUGCAGAUUGUGCACGGUGACUAGGGAAGCCAUUUGUGUUUAAGUUUCCAUUUCAAUUUUCUUUUUCUUUUUUUUUUUUUCUCUCCAUGGACAUGUGCCUUAUGAAAAUGUGUAUUUUGUUUUUCCUUACGUGCUACCAUUUUAGAACACAGGAGAAUCCUCAUGGGCACAUUGUUACAUUAAGCACCAGGAGUUGUGUAAAAAGGUUAAGUUUUGAUUCAUCUGCCAUUUUCAUUUUUCCUUUUCCCCUCCCUCUGCCCCUGUUAAUUGCCUUUGUUCCAUUUUGUAGGUUUCUUUGUUUACUGUCAGAGGACUAAAUUUUUUUAUUUUAUUUUUUUGACUGUGAGAAAGAUCCCUAAAGUGUUGACCACGGUAUAGAAAACCUUAACCUUUUGUACACUCUUGUGAGACGUAUCAUUUAAAUGUCGGCACUAAAGUAAUGUCUUGUUUGUGGCUGAAUAUUUUCUGUAGUUUUUGAAGUUGACAUGACUGAUGUGCAUUUACCUAUAUAUUGCCAUCUUCUGUUUGUAAAUUCUACUUGGAUAUAGUUGUGGAUUUUCUGAGCAUGUGCAGACCGGUCAAGCAAUUUCCGAAACUGGCGCAUGUAUUUUUACUAUGGCAGGGGGAGCCUUUGACAAGUGAAGAGAAUAGUGGCAGUUUUUGAUAACUGACAACCAGGUGGGACCAAAGUUUAUGUGCCUUUAGUCUUAAUUUUUUUCCCUUGCAUUGUAAUAUUAUGUUUUAAUAAAGAACAGAAAUAUUUUGUAUUUAGAAACAGACCUGACUUAUAGACAUGGCUCAGAAUCUACAGGCUGCAGUCAGGGGAGCGGCUCAUCUUUUCAGCGAUUCGCUACCUUGACUGUGUGCAGGACAAGUACAUUUUUCAAAUUGAUGUAUUUGGUUAAAAUCCAUAGAUUCUGUUUAUGUAGGAAAUAAAUGGUCAUGUAUAUUUUCUAUUAGUUAAGUUUUUACAUCUUUAGAAAUGUAAAAUUCAGUCUAGUUUGGUUGCGGCACAAUUAAAAAUUAAUUUUCUAACAAAGUUGGAAGGUUUGACGGUGGUUUUGAU